AUGGCGACUGCAGUGACGUCCACUGAAGACGCCGCACAAAUCCCAGAGCCGAUACCCUGUGCCCAUGCACCCACAAAACCACCAGCCCAUGUAUACGACACAAUCAUCACCGUCGCGGUCGGACCCGACGACGCCAAGAAGAAGUUCAAGAUCUAUCGCGGGCUGCUUUGUCACUUCUCGAGCUACUUUGAUCGCAUGCUCAACAGUUCCUUCCGGGAAGCUGGCUCAACCUAUCUACGUCUGAAAGAUAUCGACGCCGAAACCUUCAAUGUCUUCUACUAUUGGCUCAAUGCUGGUGGUUUGGAUUGGGGAGGCCUUCUAAACUGGGAUAAGGUGAUCAACGCCUACCUAUUCGCCGACUUUCAUCAGGCGCCUAUCUUCCGGAAUGCUAUCUUAGGAUCGCUCUUCAAUGGCUGGAUCAUCGAUAAAACCAUCAAUCUUCGGUGCGCACACCCAUGGACCGCGCCUACCAUCACCAACAAGCACGACACAGUCACGAUCAAGGUUGGCGCCGGCAGCAAUAUCCAGCAGUAUGACCUACAUGUUGAAGCACUCAGAGCGCGCUCGCGACACUUCCAUGAGGCCCUUCCAGCCUCCUCAAACGAGGAGCGCACAGCGAUCCACCUCGCGUGCUCUGCGCCAAAACGAUUCGACGCCUUCGCCAACUGGCUUUACAGCGGCAGCCUAGACUCCAGCAACGAAGUCAAUGUGAGAUACCUCUUCUUAUGUGAACUCCACGUGUCUGCCGACACCUUCGAUAUCCCACUCUUGCGCAACAAGAUUGUGGAUGUGUUCUUCAACAAGCUUUUGCGCGACGCCCAGCCACUUCCAUACGAUAUCAUGAAGUACAUCGAGGAGCAUCUGAGGGACUCUGCUUUGAGGACCAUGAUGCAAGACAUCAUGCUGAACUGCGGCGAGACGGAGGACAUGGCCGAGUGGAAGGUCAACCUUGCGAAGGGCUUCAGGAUGGAAAGUGGUAGAAACAAAGACGUCGCUGAGACAAUUUGCAGGAGUUCAGAUUUGAGAGAAUAUUUGGUCGCAUUGAGGGGCAAGGUAUGCGAGAAAUAUCACAAGCAUGUGGAGAGAGAUGAAAUGGUGGUGGGACGUGAGGAGAUUUGGUUCUUCGACCCACCUCUGAAAUAG